AAGUUACAAGCUGAAGGGGGACAUUUGUUAACCCAGAGGGCAAUGCAUCUUGAGAUUUUGUUCAAGGACAACUGGAUUGCAAAUCGUGGAUUUGCACUUCACAGCGGUGCACGUUAUCAGGUGCUGAACAUAUAGGGUGAUCAUCUUGUGCUUCUAUGAGAUAUGCCCUGCAGCUGUGUUUUCCGGCAGUUUUCAAGUUUUCUGAUUUUUCUUGAGAAUAUUCCGUUGGCGGUGUGCAUCGUUUUUACGUCUUUUGGCUGUGUCCAGAUGGCGCGUACAUUUUAUUUGUUGUGGCCGGUGCAGCACACACAAUUCGCGGGAUUUCCUCUGUCCUUGAAUGUGUCUGACAGGCUCUGCAGUCCCAGCGUCCCCGCCCCCUGUUUUCUGUGAAGGAAGCACCCUAAACGGGAUCCCCGUCCUCCUUGGCUGCGAACCAGCGGCAAACCGGGACGGGGAAAGCAGUGAAGCGGACUGAAAUUAAAGUGGGGCUGCGGAACAGUUUGGCUUUUGGUAUCUCGUGUCUGCAAUGUCAAGGCAGCAGGAUGUUAUCUCCCGAGUUGGAAACUGAUACCGCUGCAGAAGACACGGCGCCCAACAGCCCAAAUGGAGUCGAGGAUACCCCGACCAGCUUGGAAGCCCUGGAAGAGCAGUGGCCCGUGAAGCAGUCCCUCAGCGCCUCCAUGUGCCGCGAAUCCCACUGGCGCUGCCUGCUGCUGUCGCUGCUCAUGUACGGCUGCCUGGGUGCCGUGGCCUGGUGCCAGCUGACCCGUGUCACCAAGCUGAGCUUCGACUCCGUGGCGACCUCGUCCCUGACGGCGUCCCUCACCUCAGUGCGCGGCGGCGGCAUGGGCAGCCGCUCGAUGAUAUACCACGACAGCCCCUGCUCCGACGGCUACGUUUACAUCCCCCUGGCCUUCCUGCUCAUGCUCUACGCCGUCUACCUGGUGGAGUGCUGGCACUGCCGGGCACGUAGCGAGCUGCAAUGCAAAGCCAACGUGGACAGCGUGUACGAGAGGGUGCUUCGCAUGCGCCGGGCACGCCCUUGCGUCUGGUGGAAGGCCAUCAGUUACCAUUUUGUGCGCAGGACCCGGCAAGUGACCCGCUACCGCAAUGGGGACGCCUACACCACCACGCAGGUCUACCACGAGCGGGUCAACACACAUGUGGCUGAGGGCGAGUUUGACUACAGCCGCUGCGGGGUCAAGGACGUCUCGAGGGACCUGCGGGGACUGGAGAGCCAACCCGCCACCCGGCUGCGCUUCACAAAGUGCUUCAGUUUUGCCGGCACUGGACCUGAGAACGCCUACCUCAGCCAACGGGCCCGGUUCUUCUCCGAAAUUGAGGGCUUAGAUGACUACAUGGAGGCUCGUGAGGGCAUGCAGCUGAAGAAUGUCGACUUCAAGGAGCACCUGAUCGCGUAUGUGGACCCGGACCGCCUGCCGUGGUACACCUCGCAGGUGGCCUUCUGGCUGGCCGCCCUGCUCAUGCUGUCUUGGCCUCUGCGGGUCCUCAUUGAGUACCGCACGGCCUACGUGCACUACCAUGUGGAGAAGCUCUUUGGGCUAGAGUACAGCAAUAGCAGUCCCUCCCCAUCGGGCGAUGAUGGCCCUUUGCACAAUGGCGGCUACAGCCUCCCACGAGUGGAGACAGCGGACAGCACCGAGCUGGAGUGGCACAUCCGGUCCAAUCGCCAGCUGAUCCCCAGCUAUUCCGAGGCCAUGCUGAUGAAUUUAGGUGGCUCUGGUUCAGGGGAGACCAGGUCUUCCAAUUGCUACUUGCGUGAAAGUUACGUGGCACGCAGCUAUGGGACGCUGAUCCAAGACUGCGAGCACUGUUGCCGCCUCCAGGACAGGCCCCGGAGAGCCACCCUCAGUUCCAGCUGCUCCUCCAUCUUCUCCCGGCAUGCCUUCCACUCCCGGCUCUCCCUGGACACGUCUCGCUUCUCACUCUGCCGCAUGUAUGGCUCGCGGCGCACCAUGGGCGUCUGGAGGAGCCGCAGCAGCACGCUGACGGACCGCUGCUGCCUGGAUGAGCAGUGCUGCCGCUCCUACUCCAGCCAACUGGCACUUAACGAAAGCCCACCCACGUAUCGGGACGCUCACUUCUUCCCCGUCUUGAUCGUCCACCGACCCGAAGGCUGCCGAGAGUCGGGGGAGGUGCGGCGUUACUAUAUCCGACGGGGCUCCUGCUGCUUGGAGACCUCACUCUGAGAGCCUCAGCCCAGACACACGAUAGACUGACUACAAACUUGAAGCCCUGUACAUGCCUGUUGAGACAGGCCACUCUGAUCACCCAGCACCCUUCCAGCAGAAGCUGAGGCUGGAUAUCAGUAGGCUCCUCUUCACAAGGGCUUCGAGACACAAAUGGCUACAGAAUAAUAUUCCCAAGCGACUUGUCAUCUCAUUCUUAAGGUGCUUUAUGCGAGUCACGAGGGAGGAAACGGCUGAGUCUCGGAGGAAACGUGCGAACUGCCUUUGCUCUGUGCUGGAACUUUUCACAUCACAUCUCAUGUGUCCAUAAGAGCCUCCACACUGAAGUAACCUUUUCCUGAGUGCCAGGUUGUACCAACAUAGGUAUAAGCAAAGAAUUGUAAGGUCCUGUUGGCUUCCUUGAUUGCACCCCCCACCCCCCCUCAAAAAAAAAGUCAGGCAGCCUCAACAGUACAAUUUGUUUUCUUAUGAUUGCACUAGCAGUUGCCCUCCCACCCUUGCUUUACCUUUUAUGAGACUAAUUGGAAUCCAGUGUACAGACAUUCUGCUCACGCCUGAGGCUGUUUCUCCCCGCGCAGCAGCUUCCACGCAUUGAGCACAAUAACUCAUUCAGUGUAAUUUAGGGUUUUCCUUUCAAGUCUUCCAAAGAUACUGCAGUUCAGCAACUGCACUUCCAUUCCCCAUAAACGUGCCUGUUAGCUGUCUCAGACCAGCCAGCACCACAUGCGCCGUGCUCCUUCCGGAGAGUCAGCUGCUGUGUCGACCUCAGAAAGGUCCAGAAGAUUCCCAGAAACUUCACACAUUUAAAUUGUUUUAUUUUGUUCACUUUAUAUGAUCAAUUCUGCAAUUUUCCUUAAGUCAGUUCACAUUCAUCAAUGUUUUUAAUCUACAAAAAAAACACAUUUUUAAGAAGCAUUCUUCAUGAUGACUUUGAGUAAGGUUUCAUAAAGUAAAACAGAGAUUAACCCAGCAUGAUCCUUCUAUACUCCAACUCCAGAUUAACAGUCGCAACCUGAUCAAUAUGAAAAACAUUAACAUGCUACAUGGCCAACAGUGCAGAAUGAAAAAUUAAUAAUAAGUAUCCUGACAAAUACACAUCGCACAGCUUAAGCACUUUCUGCUUUCAGGGUGCAUCUCCCUCCUCUCAGAGUAACUAACACCAAGGUUACUUGUGUAGGCCUUGACACACCCUUUGAUGAAGAAGUUGUGUUUUGUGAGCAUGUAAGAGAGAGAUGUAUGGCGUCUUUCUCCACUGAUAUAUUUCUUGAUAUUCACUAUGUACAGUUAAUGAUCCAAGCUGCAGAGGUUGUCCACAAAAACUAUUCUGCACAUACAGUAGCAUCAGGAGCCAGUCGGUCAGAAACAAGUUUACACAGAAAAUAAAUAUACAAGUGAGGUGUUUAUGGAUUUUUUUCAUUUUAUAAGGACCAUGCCUUAAGGGAUUUUACUUUUUUAUUUUUCCUGUGAGUUUAUUAAGGACACGUGCGAGGCAGGCGUGCAAGGAACAGGCACACAGGUGGAAAUAAGGGCAAACUACGGGGUUUAUUGCGGGAACUGGGAGCAGGGAACAUCUAAAGCCAACAAACAUCACCAAACCACAAUGACGGACAAGGGAUACAAGCAAGAUUAGGACUUAAAUGGACAAGACUGAUCAAAAUAAUCGGACACAGCUAGGGACGAUCAGGGAAGCACACGUGGGUAAUCAACUUUAUUAAGGACUGUAAUUAAUACAUAGAUGUACUUGAAAUUAGUACUCAGCAUGUUUGUUUGAUAGAAUUCACUGGUUUUGGCAUCACUUUCCGAAAAGUGGGUGGGACUUACAACGCGGUAGCACAAUUUUGUUUGGAGUUCCAACAUGAAUGACCAAGUAUAUUGUAGUAGUCUUUGGUAGACAAUGCCUUAUUUGUUAUCAUAUUUUAAUUUAGUUGAAAAUCUAAAAGGUUGCACAUCUUGCAGUACAGUUUGUGUAAUCACACAAGUGAUUUAGAUACAUUUAACUUCAUGUGUCUGAUGCUUUUAUCCAAAGCGACUAAGAGGAGAGCUACAAUUAAUGUGUGCUCCCUCGGAUUUAAACCCACAAGCUUUAGGUUGGUAGCGCAAUGCUCUACUUGUUGAGGGUAUUCAAAUGCUUAUGUUAAUGUUAACGUUUUAAAUGUCGCAUUUGCCCAUAUAAAUCCAUGUGCAUAUGAUCCCAUAAUCCCAUGGGAGUCCAUUUACGACGGGGGUGGGCUUCUCCUAGACAAGGUUACAACCAUGGAAACGGUUCAUAUCUUAUGCCCAAAGGCACUCAGAUGCAGAGAGACAAGUGCAGAAAAGAUUCAGGUAGAAGAUGCAGCCAGUGAGUUAGUUCAUUUAUUUUUCUACAAAUGUACUAAUUCUGUGCCCUAGUGCCCAGUGCAACUACUUGGGGACCAACAACAUGUUCAAUCAACAUCUGGUCCAGAUGUCAUGUGAACCCCAGAAUUCCCAUGUAAUUCUGUAAGACUAAAUAUUUUAUGUAUCAAUUUGUUUGUAAUAAAAGGUGAAUAUUAUGAAAUGUUUUCAAUAAUACUUAUCAGUCAUGAAAAGUAGGAAAGAGUUUUCUACAGAUAAGAAGGAGAAAAUUUAUUUUAAAAGUGUAAAAUACAUAAAGGGGUUUACAGUACAUGGCACUUAUGCCAUCGUGUAUAUAGGUGAGGUCCGCAAUGCAUCUGUCCACACAAACCUCCUUAUUACCAAUACAUUUGUUUCAUUUGUGCUGCUGCAGAUAGGACAUUACUGGUAUGUCUAUAUUUUACAAACUGUGUUAGAAAUCUUUAGGGUCAAAAUUAGUAAAAGCUGUGUGCUGAUUCAUCAUCCACAUGUUCUGGUACAUCAACAAAUGAGAACCCUGACAAAGCAUUUGAUUGCAUUGAGUAAGAGGCAUACUCAAACAUCUAAGCCAAUGUUUCCCUAUCCAGUCCUCGGGAGCCCGCAGACGGUCCACGUUUUUGCUCCCUCUCAGUUCCCAGCCAGACUGUCUGUGGGAUCCCAACAACCAGAAUGGGAAACACUGAUCUAAGCAGAUGAAGGAUUUUGCAUAUUUAUCACAAGUAUAUGGAUAUUUGGAAUGUGUCAAUACUUACUGGUUUUCCUACACAAUAUCGUAAUAGCUGUAAAAUGAGAUAAAUAUCUAACAUGUAAUCCGUUUGAAACUUGUCUGGAUAGUUUUGCAGACACGAUGGAUAGUGCUGCAUCAUGAGAUCUUAUUAUUUGAGAGUAGUUGUACUGGUUAGUUUAUCAUUCUCUGUAUGUCGCUUGAUGAAUGUGAUACUAAAAUAGGGGUUACAUUUGUGACUAGGACAUUGUGAGCGAGUAUUACGUGCAGUACUCAGACAGAUGACCCUGAUGUGGUUACAUUUAGUGCUGAAUUUAAUAGGUCAAAAUAUGCAAUAUGUUUUACAUAGAGAUUCAUUGUUUGGUUGUUAUAUGGAUUUUCAAGCUACCAAGUCAACAACGUCACCCAAAAAAAAUGAUUGUUGAUCACAGUUUUUACAAAGUUUGGACCUAAAACAAUGCCCCUCGUAUGGUAUAUUUGAUGAUUUGCACAAUAAUCUUAAAGUGUGCUGCAUAGACUUGGGGUUUUGAGCUUCGUGGUGACAAAGUACCACUGUUCUGAACUGGAGAAUAUCACCUACUGCUUGUGGGCAUCAAUCUACCAAAGUGGUCACAAAGAACCAAGAUGAAUGUCCUGGAAGGAAAGCACUUCCAUUAAACAAGUUGUAUAUCACCAGAUUUCAAACGACACUGGAACUUCUUCGCAGGCUGAAUCGCAACCUGGAGAAACCCUGUGCAACUAAGUAUCAGCCAACAAACUGAUAAUCCAUCGUUCAGGAAGACUGCACGAGCUUUUCAUAGUAAGACAUAUGAACCCCAAAAUUAAGCUGUUUUAAAUAAUGUUGUUCCUGAAUUUAUUGUUUGUGGUCCAUUUUAAUUUCACUAUAAGUCACUGCUCAGAUAAAAAAAAAUGAAUUAAAUAUGUCUACACACGUUUUGACCUGUAGUUUCCAGGUUUAUCUUAAUUGAAACAAUUCUUAAUAAAGACAUAGCUACAGGUAUGUACUGUAUGUACUGUGCAAGGAGGUGUCUCAUGGUUAUCAAUAAUUUUAU